CCCCCUCCUCCUCGCCUCUCCUCUCCCUCCCUUUCCGUUCAGCGAGCUUGUGCAGCUGUGGCGGGUGGGCUAAGUGGGUAUAUUGGAGGCAUUAUGCGGCUGUGAACAGAUAGACAGCAACCCCACCCUUCCUCCUCCUCUCGCCCCUCGGAAGCCUUCCAACUCUCGAAGCCUGCCUGGUUCGGGGAAGGUCGGAGUCCCAGGGCGCUCCCGCCUCGCCAGUUCCAGAGGCCCCCCAGCGCUCCCUUCCUCGCAAGGCCAAGACCCGGGAUCUGCGCGGCUGUGGCUCUCUGCGCAUCCACCAGCAUCGGCGCUGGUCUCCUCUCGGCAGCUUUCCCUUCGUCGCUAUGGAUAAACUGGCUAAUGCAAACUCGCAGUUUGCUCUGGAUCUUUUCCAAAAGUUGACGGAAGCCCACCCAACCGGCAACGUUUUCUUUUCUCCGCUCAGUGUAUCGUCCGCCCUGGCCAUGGUCGCCUUAGGGGCCCGCGGUAACACAGCCUCGGAACUCCUGAAGACACUUCAUUUUGAUGGAGUUGAAGAUCUUCAUUCAGUAUUUCAGACUCUUAAUUCUAAAAUUAACCGGAGCAAUGCACCCUAUAUUCUGAAACUUGCUAAUAGAUUGUAUGGAGAAAAAACUUUCAACUUUUUGUCUGAUUUCUCGACUAGCACCCAGAAUAUGUAUGGAGCUAAAUUAUCCACAGUGGAUUUCUCAAAUGCUCCAGACAAGGCAAAAAAGAAAAUUAACCAAUGGGUUAAAAAGCAGACUAAAGGUAAAAUCCCUGAGUUGUUAUCUGAAGGAUCCAUCAAUGAAAUGACUAAAUUGGUUUUGGUGAAUGCUGUCUACUUUAAAGGCAAUUGGGCAAAGCCAUUUAAAGAAGUUACUGAAGACAAGCCUUUUAGACUAAAUAAGACAGAAAAGAAGAAUGUGAAGAUGAUGUUUAUGGAAGAGAAACUUCCUUUUCGUUAUAUCCCCGAAUGCAAGUGUUGUGUGCUGGAACUGCCAUACAAGGGAAAGGAUCUUAGUAUGAUCAUCCUUUUGCCUGACAACAUUGAAGAUAAUUCCACAGGCCUAGAACAGCUGGAGAAGCAGCUUACUUUGGAAAAACUGCAAGAAUGGACCCAGUCCAAAAAUAUGAACUCCAGCGUGGACGUCAAUGUACAUCUACCUAAAUUUCAGCUGGAAGAAAACUAUGAUCUUGAAUCUUACUUUGCAGCAUUGGGGCUAGUAGAUGUGUUUGACAGUAGCAAGGCUGAUUUGUCUGGAAUGUCAGGAGCUCAGGAUCUCCAUGUGUCUAAAAUUGUUCACAAGUCCUUUCUAGAAGUAAAUGAAGCGGGCACUGAAGCAGCAGCAGCUACUGCUGCUAUAUGUGUAUAUUCUUGUUGUGUGGUCAUGGGGAAGGAUUUUAAUGCUGAUCAUCCUUUCCUAUUUUUUAUCCGUCAUAAUCCAACAAACACGAUACUUUUCCUUGGUAGAUUUGCCUCUCCAUAAAGAGUAUCGUAAAUCAUAAAACCAGCUUCCAGCCUCCUAUAAUAUACACAUUUCUCUGCGUGCUUGGGAGAAUUGCCAUGAACAAGUUGAGUUCCUCCAGAUAUCUUCCAUCUUCAAUUUUCUUGAACUCCUGAGUCUUUUAACAGGUUUUAUGUGACACUUCGCUCUAAAGGGUAGCCAUCUCUAAUCUAGGACAUUCAGGUGUGUUUGACUGCAGUUCCUUUAAUUUCCAGCUAACUAGGAAUUCUGGGGAUUGUAGUUUGAGCUGUUUGGAAGCCAUUAAGCAAAGGUGUUUGUAAAACGAAUAACACAUGAAUUACUGGAAUAAAGUUGGCCUUCAUUCAAUAUAAUGUAAGAGCCUUUGGUCCAGA